AUGGCUCCAUCAGCUGCAUCAUUCCCGUCAGCAGCAGCCGUGGAGCAGCAUCAUGAGAACUUUCGCCGAUGCGUGGACGAUUGGGAUUCUCGCGUGUCGGAAUUAGCUUACCAGUUUCAGGCUCGGAGCCAGUCAGCUUGUGAAUUGGACAGCUGGCACGACGUGAUUGGCGUAUCUGCAGAGCCAUGGGGCGGAGGGAAUCCUGCUGCUGCAUCCACUGCGGCUUCUGUAGUGGACUCGGCAGCAGCAGCACCCGCAGCAGAAGCAGCAGCAGAAGCAGCAGCAGGAGCAGAGGGGUCGACACGAGUCUUGCAUCGGUUGCUGCCUCGCCUGCUGCUCUUUGGCAAGUCCCAAGCCAUCAUCCCCGCCAGUGCUACCUCCUCCUCCUCUGCCUUCUCUUCCUCCAAUGCGGGUGAAGCUGGUGAUAGUGACGGGGGGAAUAGGGAGAACAGGGGAGAGUGGGAGGAUAGGGGGGAGCCAGAGGGAGGGGAUGGAGACAGUGGAUCGGAGGAGAGUCAAGAGAGAGGUGGGGACGAAGGGAGAUCAAGUCGAGGGGUAGGGGGAGAGGAGGAGGAUAGUGGAAUGGGAGGACUAGCUGAGACGAGAGGUGAGGGUGGUACAAGCAGGAGUGACAGAACUGAAGGUGAUAGCGGCGAGGGGGAGCGGGAUAGAUCCGAGGAGAUGCCGGAAAAAUGCGAGGAAAAUGAUUCAUUGGGGAAGGCUGAAGAAGCGGACUGGGUAGACGGGAGUGCAGUGGAGGAGGAGGAAAGAGAGGAAGGGGGAAAGGAGGGAAUAGUCGGAGCGGGAGAGGAGGGUAUAGUGGGAGCGAGAGAGGAGGGAGCAGGAGGGGUGGAAGGGGAGGAGCAGCAGCGAGUGGCGCGCGUAUUAGUAGAUCUACAGGCGCUGGUGCUGGUGGGGAAAGACCUCACUGCCACUAUGGAGGAGCUUCUCGUGCUGCUGGUGGCGUUGCUUGGAGGGGAGGAGGGGAGGGGCGCAGGGUGGGAUGGAGGAUUGGCAGGAGGAGGAUUGGGCGAGGGGGAUGCGGAUGAGGGUCUGCAGGAGUUGCUUCGAUCUGACUGGUUCAAAUCGACAGAGUAUUUCACACCGGCACUAGACGCGCUCGCAGCAGGGGCGGCUGUGCUCUUGGUGAUUGACUCAGCACUUGCUGCCAACCCUGCUGUUGCCCGGGGGAUUGCUGCUUACAACAGCGGUGCAAAGCGGUACCAGAGGAAGGGAGGGAGAGGCAGCAGAGGGCAAAGUGAAGAGUUCGAGUUGUCUCUGGCGGAGCUUCAGGGGCUGCUGAUGAUGCUGGAGGCAGCAAUAGGGCCGCAAGGCCAGCAAGGAACCUUCUUCCAGAGUUGGAAGGAGAGUGUAGCCUGGGCGGUGGGCCCUGCCGCACCACCGCUCUCUGCUGCUGCAAGGGGCACAAAGCCAGGAAAGGGGGGCAGGGCGAAGGCUAGUGCGGGGCGGCCACUGCUGAGUGGCAGGGCGCUGUGGCGGCAGCAGCAGAAGUGGCUGCUGCCGCUGGUGGCUCAUUUGAACGCCUUUGCUGAUUCUGCGCUCCAUGCCAUUGCCAGUCACUCUGAGCAGCACAACACGCGCCGCCACUUAGCUGGCUGCAUCGCUCUCUUCCUCUCACUCGCACCCAUAGCAGCAUUGGGAUAUGAGAAGCAACUCAUAAAGGCCACCCCGAGCCUCUUCGAAGCAGUCAAGCUGCAUCCUCUGCUACCUCUGGCCGGACCCCUCCCCCUCUCCGCUUCUCUCCCCCUUCUCCUCGCUCUCCACCUGCCCCCUGCCCUGCUGGCGGUUUCCCCUGCGCCCUUCUCUGCCCUGGAGGAGAGCAAGGGCGGGGGGAAAGCAGGAGCGAAAAGGGCAGGGGGAAAGGGGGAGGUGAAAGGGGGGAAGGCGACUGCGGAGGGGAAGGGGAACGGGGGAGGGAGUGCGCGUGGAGUGAGGGAGGUGUGUGAGGACGUGGUGAGAGGAGCACUGGAUCUAGCCAACGAGGACCUGCCCAGGCUCGCCUCGGCCUUCCCUCCCCUGGCCGCCUCACUCUCUGCAGCUCUCAGGCUCCCCCUCAGCCUGUCUUUGCAGUGCGAGUCGUUGGAGGAGGCGAUGGGGAGUCAAGUGAAGCUGGUGCAGGAGACUCUUGCCAUCACCUGCAACGCGAGGCAUCAGGUCCAGACUCUGCUUGAUCUGCACGCCAGCCUGCGGGUGUCGCUCAAGAGGCGUCAGAUUGUGCUCGUGGCUGCAGUGCUGCAAGCGAUCAAGCAAGUGGAGUCGGCUCUGGCAGCGUGCCUCCCCUCUCUCUCUCUCCACCUACCUCUGUACCAGCAGCACCUGCUGCGACAGCUCAACGCAGCCUUGCUGCCUCUUCAGAUGGAUCAGCUAGCGAAGCUACCCCGGCCGCCUCCCUCCCAGGCACACCCACCAGGAGACGCAGGAGGAGGGAGCGAGGGGAUGGGGAGAGGAGGGGAUGGUGUGGGGGGCGAGGUAGCAGGCCAGUCCUCAUCGUCGGUUGCUGCUCUGCUUGCUUCAGCGCCCCUGCCAGCUGGCUCUCUCUUCCCGUGGAGCAACAGGGCUGCCAUGGAUACGCACAAGAAGCUCCUCAACUCCAUUGCCACUCUUACCAGCAUGCUUCAGCUGACGUGGCAUCAGCUGCCAUCAGAUCACCUCCUCUCCUUUCUCUCGACUGCUUGCUCCCUUAUCCCUCCCAUUGUCGCCCCCGUCCCAUCCUGCCAGCUUCUACUCACUCAACUCCACUUCUCCACACUCCUCCCUUCCCUCUCAUCCUCUUCCUCCUCCUCCUCCCCUUCCACCACCACUGCCUGCUACUUCCUCUCCUCGCGGCCUCAUCUCCUUGCCCCUGCGCUUGCCGCUCUCUACUCUCAGCCGCUCAUCCAACCCAGCUCUCUCCAGUACCUCAUAGACGCUUUCUUGGAUGGGGCCCGGUUGCUCCUGCAGCCGUGUAUGCAGGAACGGCACGGAAAGCAGCCAAAAGAGCAUACGGGGAGAAGGAGCAGCAGCCGAACCGUCUUGCGGGGUGACAUUUACAGUGUGGAGAGUCAACUUGAGGCUGCAUUAGUUCAGUCAUUCCUGCGGCCGCUUACUCGAGACAUUAUCGCCGACCUCCAUCUACACGCCAUUUCCCACUCCGAUUUGCACUCCGCCAAUCCGCGCUUGAACCCCCGCAAGACGGGAGUGCGCAACCUGCUACAGUACCUGCAGCUGCCACCAAUCCGCCUGCUCUCCAGGCAGAUUGACAUACAAGCACACGUGGCACAAGCACUGGAGACCUCUCUUUAUAAUCACACUGCAGCCGCUCCUGCCAACUGGAAGCUGAGCGAGGACGUGAGGCAGUUGGCUGCGAGCAAAUAUCGCCUGCUUCUGCCCCCAAUCGCAAUAGGAGGAGGCCUAGCAUUCAGACUCCACAGCCCCCCUACUUCCCCCUCCUCCACUUCCUCUCCUGCCCUGCCCUUCUCACUCCUCCACCCUCCCUCUCUCGCUGCUAAUCUCCCCUUCUUCGUCUCUGCCUUUUCUUUCGACCUUUCCACCCUGACCUUCCACCAACGGCCCUCCAGUCUUUCCAGCUUCCACGAACCUUCUUUGCCCACCCUCUCCACCUGCCAUGCUGACUCAUCACCGGCGUUCUCCUCCUCGCACGGGCCUCGGUCGCUCACGCUGCGCCAGCUGUCCUCUCUCCUCCAAUCCACGCAUGCCAUGCUGUUCCUCCAGCACGCCGCCACGUCAGCGUGCAAGCUGGUUGCGGGGAAGCUGUCUCACCUGUCUCGGUUGUUCCUGCAUGACAGAGCGCACUCGCUGCUGCUGCAGUCGAUGAAGCAAAUACAGCAACAGCAACAGCAGCAGUUGCAGCAGCAAGGAAAACAACAGCAGGAAAGUCAAGCUACUGGCCUGGCUGGCUCACUCGGAGUGGCUGGUCCUGCCAACAUUGCUGCUGCUGGUACUAGUCCGGGUGGUGGUGGCGGCUCCACUCCAGUUGCUGCUGCUGGCAGGGCGUUGACAAUGGAGGGGGUAGACGAGCUUAAGAAUAAACUCCAGGAGAUUUCAGUGGACCCUGAUUGGCGGGCAGCCAAGCCCGCCCCGAAUGCCAAAACCCACCACACAUCUGCUGUCCCCACAUCGUCCUCAUCAGCAGCGACUGCAGCAUCAGCAGGAGAUAGGGUUGCAGGGAAGAGGAUAGAUGAGAAGAGUGGAAAAGGGAGGGGGGAGGCAGAGAGGCGGCCGUGGGGGGAGGUGGUGGUGGAAGAGGUGAGGGAGCUGGGGGUGGCUCUUGGGUUUGUGCUGGCUGCUGCUACAGCUGCAUCCCACAGUGCGGAGCACACUCUCAGCGCCCUGCCCUCCCACGCUGCAGGGUCACCCCUCCACCGCCUCCUCCUCGCCUCGCCUCUCUCCCACCAACCUCUUCUCCUCCUCUCCUCGCUCUCCAACUCCCUCCGCCCAGCCACGCACACUCAACCCGUGCCACUACUCCAUCUUCUCGUGAACCUCUUUCAAAGGGAGCUUCAAGCCUCGCCUCAUCGCCCCUUCCUCACGCUCCCUGCUGCCAUUCCCCCGCUCUCCCUGCUGCUGGCGUCGAAAAAGCAGCUAGCGCAGCAGAGGCUGGCAGAUGCAGUGGCGGGGGGUGGCAGGGACGGCCGUGUGGGGGAACGCAGGGUUGGUGGUGGGUCUGGUGGGAGUGAGGGAGGGCGAGGAUGGGAGAGAGGAGGAGAGGGUGAGGAGGGAGCAUGGGAGGCACAGGAUGACGACUGGAUGCCUGAUGAUGGAUUCACACUGGGAGUGGCUUUCCUGCUCACGGUGGCAAAUCAGCGCCUUGCCUUUGAGUCAAUGGACUGGUUCUCUCUCGCCCUGCAUCAUCUCUCCUUUCAACGCCAAGCCAUGCCAAUGAACCCUCCUUCCACUCUCACUUCUUCUUCUGCUGCUGCUAGCGGUGGUGGUGGCGGUGGCAGUGGUGGUUUUGCUGGUGCUGCUGGUACUGCUGGUGGUGCAAUGAGUGGCAAAUUAGGAGGCAAAGGAGCAGAUGCAGGGGAGGAUGAUGAGGAGGAGGAGGAAGGAGAGGGCACUGGAGGUGCUGUUGGUGUGACUACUCUCUGGUCCUCUUGGUUCGGAGCCACUGCUGCAUCUGCCGAUCCUGCAGCUUCGAUGCCGGAGCUGUCUCCUGAGCUGACUCACCAGCUUCGGCAGGUUGGUUCUGCUAUAUCCUGA